UCAAACUGUUUGCAGCAUUGGCAAGCUCGGUCACUCUGGCACAAACGGCGCAAUUAGAGGAAAAUUGUGAAAAUAUCUGUAAUGUGUUAAAACGCCCAUCGAAGACCGCACAAUUGUUGCAGAUACGGCGCGCAAUCAGCACAAGUAAAUGAAACUAAACGCGAUGUGAGGGUGUCGGUAGUUGACUGGGAAAUUCGUUUUUCGUUGCCCACGAAUUGCGUCUGCCCUGGCGUGUGUGUAUGUGUGAACGAACUGUGCGUGUGUGUGUGCCUGCGCGUAAUUAAACAAAGUACAUAUUUCCAAGUUACAUAUUUCAAAGACAGAAAAAGAGACUCCAAGCGACUGCUCCCCAUUUCCUUCCUCACACCCCCCGCCCGCCCUGACUCCCACUCCCACUCCAUCACCAAGUGCAAAGCACGCACACACCUGCGCCAAAAUGCAGGUGCAGGAGCAAAGGGCAGUGCAUAAAGUGCAUGUCGCUGGGCUGGUGCGGUAAACAAUUACCAAUCGGACGGAAAAUCUGUGAAAAUUUUUAGCUCUAUGCAGUAUUUUCGCAUGCAUUGAAUGAAUAAACCGGAAACUGUCGCAAGACCCGACUUUGUGCCAAAAUAAUCAAGGAUCCGCAGAUACAGAUAACCUACUCCAACCACCCCUACGCCCCCCGUCAACGACAGAACAACAACAUCCGAAGAGGAAGAGGAGCCAGCCUAUAUAUAAUACAGAUAUAACCAAAACUACUUGCUACUGCUGCUGUUUGGUCGUCGUCGUCGUUGUCGUUGUUGUUGUUGUUGUUAUCCUUGUAUCCUUUUUUUCCGGAACGUUUGUGCAGCAGCAGCUCUGAAUGUCUUUAUGCUUUAAUCAUGGUGUAUUUCGCCACCAACAACAACAACACCGACACUAUACGCUGCUAUAUUAGAAUCUUUCUGAUAACGAACCAUGACAGAAGGACAUGAAAGCGACUUCUUAGUUACAGUACGCGCACAGGUAAUGACCAGAGACGAGAGCACCGAGGGCUGGCUUCCGCUGGCCGGGGGUGGCCUGGCCAACGUUUCCAUCCGGAAGCGGGCUAGGCUAUCCCCACUGGCAUCGGGUCAUGACUACAUCAUCUAUGGACAAAGGAUAUCCGAUCAGAGCGUAAUCUUGAGCUGUGUGAUCAAUCGUGAUCUGAAGUAUUACAAAGUAAUGCCCACAUUUCAUCAUUGGCGCGCAGGGAAGCAGCGGAACGGGCUCACUUUUCAAACGGCCGCCGACGCGCGAGCCUUCGACAAGGGUGUCCUGCGCGCCUACAACGAGCUGAUCGAUGGACUUGCGAAAUCGAAUCCUACCAUUAUAUGCCCCCCGCUAACAAAAUAUGAUUCGGUUGGCGAAGAUGAUGUAUUCAUGACCCUGGACUUACCUGUGGAGAGCGAGAGUUUACAAAAAAUCCAUUCAAGCCCCGAGGGCAGCGAGAAAAGUCACAAGAGCGUCAGCGACCGGCACAGCAACUCCGACUCGGAGAAGCUGCCCGCGCCGCCCAUUCACUACAUAUCCACGGACAAAACAUCGGCCACCACAUCGCCACCAGACGCCCCGCCCGCAUCGGCAGCUCCCUCGCCAGCGGCCGCCGCCCAGAUAGCGGCCAGUGAGAACUACUCGUACGUGACCCUGACAGCAGUCCAUCAUGACUACAACUACCCGGUGGUGGACCAGCCAGUGGGGGCGCAGGUGCUCAACGCUCGUCGGGAGUCGAUCAGCGCACUGAAGAAGCGAAACGCUCUGGAGGCGGCCCAGGCCAUGGCAGCAGCCCAGACGGUGGCGGGCGGCGGAACUGGAGCAGGUGGCGUUGGAGGCGGCGGAAAACCUUUGCACAAGCCGAACGUGUCGGACAUCCUGAAGAAGGAGACGCGUCUGCGGUGCCGCUACUGCCACGAGCUGUACAGCGAGGACUUCAACCGGCGCGGUGCCUGCGAAUACGCUCCGGAUCCGUUUCGCAGCGGCUACGAGUGCGUCUCGGGGAUGGGCUGUGCCCGCUGCAUGAUCUACCACUGUAUGAGCGAUGCCGAGGGCGAGACGGCCCAGCAUCCGUGCGACUGCAGUGCCAGUGAGGCCGGCUGCAGCAAGCGCUGGCUGGGCCUGGCCCUCCUCUCGCUGUUCGUGCCCUGCCUGUGGUGCUAUCCGCCGCUCCGCGCCUGCCACUGGGCGGGCAUCCACUGCGGACUCUGCGGCGGGCAGCACAAGCCGCAUGUCUGACAUUUGGAGGCCCGCUUGCAAGGACAGCACGAUGACGACCCCAGGCCCAGAAGCGAAUUCCAAUACUACCACCACCAGCAGCAACUACACCAUGACCAGAGCAUAAACAGCGCCAAGCGUCCACUGUUUGGAUCCAAGCAAAAGCCAACACAGCCGCUGCAGUCCCAGUCUCAGUCUCAGCGCCACUUCUACAACUGGGAGCUGUCGCACAGCUGGGGCGCUCCCCAGGAGCAAAUUCCUCCGUAUUUAAUGCAGCCGACCGGCCGAAAGGCCGCCCAGAACGACUACGGACGCUUGCUGUUCUAGGGUUUGUGAAAUGUGACUGUUUUGGGGCAUAUCUUUGCGGACCGAUUCCUUGGCUGAGCUUCUCUCUUAAACUAUUUGUACUAAAGAUGUGUGGGAAAUUGGAAAUGGAUGAAAACUAUCAGUUGAUAGCAGACAACACUAUAUUUCUCGACAAUUAUCUGUUUUGAAAAAUUCCACAUUUCCAAACUUUGCAAACAAAGUUUGUAAGCUGAAGAAGAUUCUCGAAUAAUAUAUAGCUCAGCUGGGAAAUCGGGACGCGAAAGUAGGACCCCGAUUCGCUUUUAUUAUAAUUUCGGUAUACUCCAUUUGAAUUGCCAUAAUUUAUUGUAAAUACAAAAACAAAAAAAAGAAAAAGAGCAGGAAGAAUUACGCAUCUAUUUUAUAUAUAUACUUUAUAAAUUGUAAUUUAUGUUUAGUGCUUUCGCUUAAUUAUAGUUUUGUAAAAACGGGCUAUUUGUUUUUAUCCGUAAAUGUAACAAUUUUUUUAAAAUCAAAUAUUUUAUAAAAUGUUUGUUUUAGUUUUAGUUGUUUAGUGUUUUUCGCUACUUACACUUGCUUGUUUACAAUUCGAAAUUGGAGAACAGUAUUAAAAAGCCGAGGCAAAGGCAAAACGAGAUCUAAACAAA